AAUGACAUUAGUUGUCAAAGUCAAAAGUUUAUUUAUUAAUAAAUUAAACAGAAAACAGCAGAAAAUUAAUAAAAACUAAGUAAAUGCAAUUGAUCAUUUCAAGAAAAAUUAGAAUUUAAAUAGUUCCUGGAAAACACAGGAAAAUUAACUAUAAUUAGAGAGUUUUAAUCAAAAAACUACUUACAACAUUAGAAAAUGGAAGUAUUAUUAUAUUAAGAAGAGGAGGUGUUUUGCAAAAAAUAAUGGGUUUUUUAUUAGUACUUACAAUAAUAUUAGCUACCGUAUUAUGGUUUUCAAGGGCUUUUCCAUUUAUAUUAUCCUGGAUAUUCGAAAAGAAAUACAAAAUACCUAUUAAAAUAGGAAAAAUAGGGCUUCCAUAUUUUAAAUUGUGUGAUAUAAAAAUUUCUAAAUAUGGAUAUACAAUUCAAAUUGAUGAAAUAGGAGUAAAAAGUAGUUUUUUAAACUCAGAGCUCACAAAACUUAUUACAUUGGUCAUUAAAGAUGUAAGAAUCAAUAAAACUUUAUCCACAAAUGAGAGCAGUAACAGUCAAAAUGAUGUUGAUAAUGAUAUUUUAGACUUCAGGGACAAAAAAGUUCCUCAUUUUAUAAACAGUUUUGCCCAAUUUAUGGCAGUACACGUUUAUAACAUAUCGGCAAUGCUUAUUCAGUUAGAUAACGAAUGUUUAAUCCAAAUUUUGACGAAGGAAUUACAUAUAGAUGGCAGUAUUUUAAAGAAUGCCAAAUCGUUAUUGGUUACUUUUAAUAUGACCGAUGCUUAUGUGAAUGUUUUAACAAAGGCAUACGACUUCAGGAAUCAAUUUAAUACAAAGCUUGCCGAAUUCUCGUUUGGCAUUGCUAUGGAAGCUGUUUUGGUUGCACAGGGACCAUUAUCCGUAGAGAAAUUAGAUAUAAAAAUGUCACAAAGCAAAGCAUUGAUAACAGACGGAUUUUGUUCAUUAAAUAAAAAUAAAACAAAACUUAAUACCUUGAACGAACAUGACGUCUCGACAAAACUUCAAAGAAGAAUGAAGAAGAAAAAAUCACCUCAGCCUCAAAAACCGAAGAGACAGCAGCCCACUUUAGUGUUUCAAAGUAAGAGCUUUAGCGAGCUUCAUUCCUCUAACUUUGAUUUAGAUGCCAGGCAACAAGAGAAUGAGGCUAAAGAGAACAACAGAAAUGUGUUUGAGACGAUUUUGCCAAUAGUACCUAAGAACUGUUCCUUUCAAAUCGAUGAUACCUCUUUAAAAGGAUUCAAUAGAAGGGGUGGAACCGAAUACACAUCGUCGAUUAAAUCGAUGGCACUAAAUUAUCGUACAGUCCCACAAAGUGAUGCUAAUCGAAUAUUGUUUAACUUUUACGUAAACAACUUUACGCUGGAAAAUAAUUCAGACAAGAUCAUAGAUCUUAAGAACUUUAAUAUUGACGCUAAGCUUAAAAAUAAUGUAAUGAAUAUCUACAUGCAGCAGCACAAUUUAUUACUCACAUAUAACCAUUCUGUAAUAAAAAAAUGGGUUCAUUUCAUUAGAAGAGUGUUAAAGGCAACAAAGAAGUCCUCAUCCGAAACCAAAGCGAUACCUUUCUAUCCCGAGAGUAAAUACUGGAAACAAGAGGAAUUUAUUAAAAAGAUAUCCAUAAAUUUUUGUGCUGAAAUAUCGAAUGUCAUGGCGAUUAUUAAGUUCACUGGUGAUAAUUCCUCGUCUUUUGGUGUAAAUAGGAUUAGGUUAAUGUUGGAUCAGGUUCAAGAACGCAGAGAUACACAAUAUAAAUCAUAUCUAGCAAACCUUUUGUUUUCUGAUAGACAUUGGCAACUAGAACUGUUAAUAGAAUCUUUGUGGUGGUCUUUUAAGGAAUGGAAUCACGAUACUAAUAUUUCUAAGGUUAUGCAUUUAUGGGGAACUCCUCUCUAUUUAGGAAUGGGAUUAAUAAAAUUUUGCACUUUUGAGAACCAAGAUCUAAAAUUAUGUUCCAUUCUUGAUACGGUACAAUUGGAAUGGUCUUUGGAAUUAGCAGAUUAUAUAUUAUUAGCUUUAAAAUGCAUUCUACAAUUUGGAUUUAAUUUAAAAACAUUAUUAAACAAUAAAGAAGCUGAUAGUGAAAAAAGUAUGAAAUUGAGUACAUGUUUGGUAAUUACACAUUUUAACUGCUUCUUACAGUCCCAAAAGAAUGAGUAUUUUGUAUCAAGACUGGAUGGUAUUACAAUUGAAACCAGCCCCCUCAUGAAUACCUUUAAAUUUGAGGAGUUCAAACUUUUCACGUUGACUAACAAUGGCGAUUAUUACACGUGUAUAAGGACAGAGGAUAUUUUAAAUUACAAAGUAUUUGUGAAAAUGGCACUCCUAUAUUACACCAAAAAUGAAGAUUCCUUUGAAUAUAAUUUUGCUUUUUCGGAAGAUAACAUAGUUUAUUGGUCCACGAAUUUUCACAUAAAUAUGUUCCUUCUAUUCGAAGAUGUUAAGCGUUUUUGUGCACAGUUUGUUCAGCUACUUCCUAAAAUGUCACGGUCGAAUGUAAAUCCUGCAAGUUUACCGUUAAGUAUUGUAACCUGUAAGAUUUUUGGGAAAUUAGAGUUUUAUGUUGAUAUAAGCAAAGAGCAUUCUGCGAAAAUCGUAUUGGAUGACGUAUCGUUGCGCCAUCAAUCUCAUGCGCACCCAGACAAAUUUGAUAUCAAUCAUACAAUUACUACUAUGACUAUCGCAAUAGAUGAGUCGGACGUGUUUGAAAUCAAGGGAGUUAAUAUAAGGAGAUUAUUGCAAGAUCAGGCUGGUGCAGAAAAAUUGAUCGCUGAACGGGCUGAAGCCGGCUGUCCUUUACCCUACAACUAUUUUACAUACUUAGUAGAAAUUACACUAUUUAAGAUAAUGUUUCCUCAUGAACAUAAUUAUGCUGAAGCAAUACAAAACCAAUUUUUAUCAAUUAUAAGAUGGCUAAAAAUAGUACAUGCGAAUACUAAGAAGAAUGAUACUGAGCCUGAGCCUUCUUCUACAGGUUCAAAAGAUUGGCUAAUAAAUAUAAAAGAGUUUUUAUUUGAAAUGAGUGAUGAUCCUUUUGAGGUUAAACUUAGGGACAAUUUUGAGUUAUUAGUGGACGAAUAUAGUGAGAGUCUAAAAAGGCAAAAAAUGUUAAAAGAAAAAAUUACCCAACUACUGAAAACUUAUAUUCAUAUGCCCGCUGGAAAAGUAGAUGAACUGUGGGCGAAUUUAAAAAUAAAAAAUUCAGAUAUUUACGUGCAGAGGUCCAAGCUUAUGUAUAAGGCAGCUCCGCAGCGCACUCGGCUUUUUGCUUGGAGUAUGGCUGAUGUGGAACUAAUGGUUAUGAGCGAUUUCCUGUUACAACCGCUCGAUAAAAUGCAGGAAAUGGAUCCAGACAGUCCAUGGCCGGAGGAAGGUAUGGAAUUCUCCACUUUAUGGUGCAAGCAUAUAAACCUCCGCUGCGAGGAAUGGAAUUUUCAGCUUAGAGAUUUUCCCCAACCGCUGCUGGAAAUCAAGAAAAUGUGUCUUUGCGGUCAACUGGUAGGAGCGGAACAAGUCGCGCCAAAAAGAGCUACUAGAACUGUUCUUAUCGAGAUGGGCGAAUGCGGACCAUUUGGAAGUUUUGGGCCUUACGAAAUAUCACGGAGCAUGCAACCCUUAAAGUUUUAUUACGAUCUUAAUUGCGAAAUUGAGUCCUUCAGUUAUGCUUUUGGUCCAUGUUGGGAGCCAGUUAUAGCACAAUGCAACUUAAGUUUUAAUAGAAUAUCCGCCCCUUCGCGUGAUCCCUCUCCACCACUACCAUUUUGGGACAAAGUAAGACUGUUAAUGCACGGGCGUCUAACUAUGGUGGUUCAAAAGCUCCAGGUACUCCUACACGCUUCUCUGGACCCGUACAAUACUACAGAAGAAAUGGCUCUUACGUGGGAGAAAGUUAUUAUGGACUGGACUAAUGCAAAAUUAGUAUUUAAAGGUGAUUUGAAUAUUUUUGUAAGGACCGCUUCCAAAUAUGAUGACGUGCAGUUACUUAAGCUUCCUAAUUUAAAAUUAAUUCUUGGAUUUCACUGGGUAUGUCUUGGCGAUCCAAAUGAUCAUCACAAUGUCAUUUAUUGUGCCCCAGAUAAAAUACCCGAGUAUUCAAGUAAUCAGGUUCAUGACUCGUUCAGAGCUUUCCGGUCGCAGAAUGUAAACCUCAGUAUUGUCCUCGAAACUAGACCGUCACCGAAUCAAUCUCCAAGUAGUUGCCCUACCCUACUACUUUACGGAAGUACUUUAAGAUGGAUAGAAAACUUAAAACUAAUUUUAUCUGGUGUGACGCGACCUACGAAACGAGGUAAAAUUUUUAACAAUUUACGACCGAGGAAAAUUCAGUUAAGUCGGCACUACAAGAAAAUUAAUCUUCUCGUUGGUUUGCAUCAGUUUCAAGUUUGUUAUUGGAUGUCUUUCUCGAUGCACCGAGGUUGCGAAUUGUUUGGCGGGCGACUAUCGUCCAGUUCUGAACAUUCGCUAUCUCUGAUAGCAAUAGAUGACGGACUAAAACACAGACCAAAGGCCGAAUGGUCAAUAGUAUACAUGAAUUCUGAAUUGACAGACUCUGAGAUUUGGUUAAAGACUGCGCUACAAGACGAUUCGGAAAUUGAAACCUCCAGAUUACAGCCUAUAGAGAAAACAUAUUGUUUGUCAGUAGCUAAGGUAUCCUAUGGCAGAGAAACAAAAUUGCCAAAUCAAACUGGUGCUGAUAGUAAUAGGGAAACGCCUACUCACAAAUUAGUCGUUUACGAUUUAAGAGGUGCCUGGACUAAAAGUAACAGAAAUGUAGCGUUCGUAUUAUUUGAUACAUUUAUGAAAACAAAACGUAUGAAGAAAAAUUUGUCGACUGAAGCAUUAAAAGGAUUCAGAAAAGAUACUAAUACUACGCCUAUGAAGAGAAGGAACACAGAUUCCACUAGUACACCUCCUAAUGUUUCAAUACAGGCUAUUCAGUCUUCAAGCUCUUCCCAAGACACGCCAUCGCCAAUAAGUAAAUUGCAAUCCGGACACGCUGCAAAUAUGUUGCAACAAUUAAUUGCCGAAGCCGAUAACAAUUCCAUUGUAUACAGUGACGAUUUGUCCGCUGUAUCUAGGCAACAGCAUUUGCAAGGAGCACAAGCAUGCCAGGAAGACGAUGUAGUUCAUAAAAAUUGGCAAAUAUCAUUAGUAAAUGCCCAAGUGCUAUUAAAAGGUUGUGAAACAAAGGGAUAUGUGAUAUUAAGUGCGGCCAAAGCGGAAAUUAUGCAGCGAAUUCACCGACCCGCGUGGAAGGACAGAACUCUAGUGUCAAAAACCACGUGGACAGGAUUAUUGGAGUGCAUGCAGUAUUAUGCAACUGUGAAUGCGGGAGAAAACGAUACUGGGGAAAAUAUAAUGUGGUUGACCGUCGACAAUAUCCAAGAAAAGGAGUCCGCUGAAAUAUCCGAACCAUCGGAUGUGCCCAACAUCGUUGGCAGUGGCGUAUCAGUGGGUGCUGUUGUAAGCGAUACCGUCGGUCCCAGUACAUCUAGUCAGUUACAACGCAUCGUUUCUCGAUGCAAAUGUGAAUUUUAUUAUGCUGGUUAUGGAGAUAUCAGUGUAGAUCCUGAAGGUAUAGGAGAAAUUCCCCCUCCCCCACAGGAAGACGUUGGUCCAUGGGAUACUCGGCAGUCUGCUGUAGAUGCCUUCACUCUAAUGCAUCAUGAUUUGAAUGUUUGCACAAAUUCCUUACAGUAUGCGAUGCUUCUGGACAUCGUCAACAAUUUGCUGCUCUAUGUCGAGCCACAUCGCAAAGAAGCAUUGGAAAAACUGGCUAGGAUGAGGCUUCAGCUUCUACUGCAUAGCGUAGACGACCAACGACGACCAAUUCAAGAGAAGCAAACUGUAUUAAGGAAUACGAUAAACAAAUUAAGGAGGUUGGAAAAAGAUGCUUAUUUAGUUAAUAAAGCCUUAGAAGAUAAUCCAGAGGAUAAAGAGUUGCGGGCGGAGUUGGAUAGGUUAGAUAGACUUAUGCACGACUGCAAGAUGCACUUGAACACUCAGAGUGAAGAGUUAGACAUGAUGUUGUCUUGUUAUAAAGAGACUCAGCUCCUUGCUAACGCGCGAUUAGCUACGACUCGAAGCGACAAACCUCUUACCAUGGUGAGAGCCAACGAGAUUUGUUUUAAACAUGCGCAGUGGAGACUUACAGAAGCUGAUGGUCAAAUUGGUAUAGCUGAUUUAGUUUUAAGCAACUUUUUGUAUACAAAGAAUUCAAAAUCCGAUGACUCUGUAGAACAUCUUUUAGAAUUGGGAUAUCUUAGAAUGACCAAUUUAUUACCCAAUGAAAUUUACAAAGAAAUACUGUGCCCUACAGAGAUACAAUAUGAUAUGCCUAUAGAACAUAAGAAAGUCUUGAGGAUAUUUUGUAGAGAAAAACCUCCAGUGGGAGGUAUAUCAGUCAAAGAGCAUUUUGAGAUAAACAUGGUUCCUUUGACAAUAGGUUUAACCAAGAAAUUUUACAAUACAAUGAUGAAGUUUUCCUUUCCUGAGAGAGAUACCGAAUCUGCAGAAUUUAACGAUAGGGCAAGCGAAGAUGGCGAUGCCGAACCAAAAAACAAGAAAGUCAAAUCAAAGAAAGGCAGAGAUUCUAACUUUUAUAUUCAUAUAGACGAUGUAGAUAAAAUGAAAGAAAGGGCUGAAAAAAAUAAACUGUUUGUGUAUAUUAAAAUCCCAGAAGUGCCGGUAAAAGUUAGUUAUAAAGGAUCCAAAGAGAAAAAUUUGGAAGAUCUUAGGGAUGUAUCAAUCGUUAUUCCAACUUUAGAGUACCAUAAUAUGACAUGGACGUGGCUAGAUUUACUGAUGGCUAUAAGAAACGACACUAAAAGGGUCUUAGUAUCUCAGGCUAUUAAACAAAAGUUACAAUUAAAACGAAAUACUGGAAUUAGAGAAGAUAGUACUGCUCCUCAGGAGGAAGACAAGGCUAAGAUGCUGUUAGGCUCCAGACAUGCUCCCGAAAAUAAAAGCAUUCGAAAGGGUGUCAGCGGAGUUUUUAAACUUGGAAAAUAAUGUUAUUUUUAUAAUUUUAACUUAAUACUUAUAUAUAGGAGGCUUCUACUUAAUUUUUAUAACAUAGUUUUUUAUUAAGAAUUAUAAUUAAUUUUUAAAACAUGUAGAUAAUAAAGUAAUAUAUUUGAUGAUUAUGAACAGUUGUCA